AUGGCACCAUUAGCCACUAAUCGUGAAGUCAAUAAUGAAAGUGAUCCAAGUAGCCCUUUGCAGAAUCUUUACAGUAAACUUCCAAAGUCAAUAGACUUAUCAAUAUGUCAAAGUAAUGCCACAUUGUCGACGAAAUCUUCCAAGCGGUGUCUCCAAGUCGCAUUAGAUGUAUUUUCAGCUCGCCUAUCUAAAGAUAAAUGGGAAAAAAAUCUUUCUUUGCCCGUUUUUAGUGCAUCACUAAGCCUUAAUGGCCUUCAAGUACAAGAGAACAUGUCGAAUGAGAUUUGUGUACUACAAAGACUUACUACGUUCGCUAGAACUGAAAUCUGUGAUGAUAAGCUAAAGCUCGCUGUUGGUGGUGAUAUAAGUACUAUAUUUUUUAAAUAUUCUGCAAGUAGUAUACAGUACUGGCAUCAUUUAUUGCCAAGAAGAGAAGUUAAAGAAAUCGAGAAUAGCAGCCAGAGUGAUAGAAUUGAAAUCAAGACUGCACGUUCAACUGCCUUAGAAAGAAUUGUACAAGAACUACUAAUAACCGUUAAUAUUACCCUUGCUGAUAUUACCUUUGAAUUUGAUUUCCGUACUGAUACGAGUAAACCAUCUCACUGUACCCGUAUUGUUAUGGGAUCAUUAAACACUGUUGCAGAAGUGCCGGAAGCAAACCGUUUAAAGAUUGAUUUUGGUAUGGAGAAUUUACUGGUAGAGACUAACAAAAAUAGUGAAAUUUUAUACGGAAGAUUACGGAAAAACAACACUUUUGUACUGCCUCAAAGUAGGAAGCACGUUUGGGGCCGCGUAAUCUCUUUUGCGAAUCUUCAGGCUCAGGCCUUCGCACAUAUACAUAGUGGAAAGCUGCACUCGAUUACAAUUAGUAGUCAAGCUACAGCACCUUGCAUAGAAUUUUCAGAGGCAGUCGAAGACUUUAUAACUAUGGCUAAAAUAUACAUACCUAAAUCGAAAUCAGCUAACAAUACCCGUAUAAAGAGCGAUCCUAAUAAUAGGACAAAUGAGAAGAUAAUUGCUGAAAUGAAUAUUAAAAUUACAGAUGUUAAUCUAUUUUUAUGCCAUUAUAACAAAGAUAUCAACCCAAUCAUGCUUAGAAUUGAUGAUGCAUUAUUCUUGAACAACUCAUCUGAACCUUUAACAUUUAAUAUAAGCGGAAUCAAAUGUGCUACUAUUUCGAAGAAAGAUAAGGAAAAUAAUACAUUCAAACGGGAAAUGGCGAAUGCUAUAAAAAUGGGAUUUUUAGAUUGUCCAUCUGUAAGAGUAACGAAAGAUCUCGAUAAUAUAAACAUUGUCCUAACAGAAUUUAUUGUGGAUUGGGACCCAACUACACAUAGAUGUAUCGCAGACAAUAUAACCUAUGCAGUAUCAACAAUCAAGCAAAUCAAAGGUCUUGAAAAGACAUUAGAAUAA